UGAGAAAAAGGUUAGAAAGGGGGAGAGUGCCCAAAUCAAUUUCUUCAACCUCUGAACUGAGAUCCUUAAACCCUGGCCAGGGUUUUACUUAAUACUUUCAAAUUGCAGCGGUAGCAACAAACCAAAAUGAUGAAGCUCACUGGCUCAAGAUGGAACCUGUGCGGCGUUAACGGCAACGCUUCUCGUCUAUUUCAUUCAUCUUCAACUCCAAUCGAUUCCCUCUUCCUUCGAAUUUCGAAGGCUGAAGACCCCACCAUGCCCAUGGCUCCUAUCCUCGACCAAUGGGUUGAAGAGGGAAGAGACAUCAAACAUUCUCAGCUCCAAUUUUUCGUCAAUCAACUCAGACGAUAUCGUCGCUUCAACCAUGCCCUUCAGGUAUCAGAAUGGUUUAGCGAUGAAAGGAACUUGCAUUUAUUAUCUGGAGACAUUGCCAUACGACUUGACUUGAUAGCAAAAGUCCAUGGCCUAGAUCAGGCAGAGAAAUAUUUUAGUAGCAUUUCAGACACUUCGAGAGAUUUUAAGGUCUACGGUGCUCUUUUGAAUUGUUAUGCUCAACAUAACUUUGUAGAGAAAGCGGAGGCUAUCAUGCUAAAAAUAAAAGAGUAUGCUUGCAGACAUGCAGUAGACAUAGUGCUGAGUUAUAAUGUUUUGUUAAAGCUCUAUGCUCGGAUAGGUGAAUAUGAGAAAUUGGAUGCUCUAAUGCAAGAAAUGAAAGAGAAGAACAUAUACAACAGUUUUACACUUACUACUCAGCUGAAUGCCUAUGUGACCAAUAAUAACGUAGAUGAGAUGGAGAAGUUACUGACCCAGAUGGAAGCUGAUCCCCUGGCACGUGUGGACUGGUUCACUUUCUCAUCUGCAGCACAUUGCUAUAUUAAAUCUGGCCAAUUUGAGAAGUCCUUGGCAAUGUUGAAGAAAUCAGAGCAAUUAAUCAAAAAGAAGAAAAAGAGGGCAGCCUAUGAAUCUCUUCUAACUAUGUAUGCUGCUAUUGGGAAAAAGGAUGAUGUGUAUCGGAUUUGGAGUAUGUGCAAAAACUUAAAUAGUUCCCGCAACUCAAGUUACAUAUCUAUGUUAACAGCAUUGGCGAAGCUGGAUGACAUUGAUGGAGCUGAGAGGAUUUUGGAGGAAUGGGAAUUUGAAAACACAUGCUUUGAUUUCAGAAUUUCAAAUGUGAUGAUGAGUGCUUAUUGUAAAAACGGUCUGCUGGAAAAUGCUGAAGCUUAUGUUCAGAGGCUUUUAAAAGGACGCAAGAAAUUAGAUGGAAGUAUAUGGGGUAGCCUGGCACAUGGCUAUUACAAGUGUAAUGAAAUGGAUAAAGCAGUUGAAACAAUGAAGAAAGCAGUCAUGGCGGGGAGUCAACGAGGAUGGAAGCCUUGCCCUUUUACUUUUGCUGCAUGCAUUGACCACUUUAAAGACAAGGGAGAUUUGGAAUUGGCAUUUGAGAUUCUAAGGAUAUGUAGGGAAACAAGUCAUUUCUCUGCUGCUACCUUUGAUAGACUGUUCAGUUAUUUGCAUGGUGAAAUCCCAGAAACAAAUGCCUUCAAUCUGAUAAAAGGAGAAUACAAUCUAAAGACCGAUGAAGUUCAAGAUGAAGAGGGGUCUAGAUUCACUGUAGUUGAAAAAUGAUGCAAUUGGUGCAGUUCAUCCAACUCAUAUUAAACUGUAUCUGAUUUGUACAUACGUAAAGUAUCAUUACUUCACAUUCUAGGUUUUAGGUUCCCCUAAUCCACUGCACUGCAGCAGAAAGUGAUGAACACCAUUCGCUCAAAAUUGAAUCUUUGCAACACCCCUCGUGAUGUGUUUUGAUCCACUUACAUUUAUUUCUUAGGUAGAAUUACGUUACACUUCUAAAAGAAAAACAAUGAUUGAUGGCGUGAAAAGCUUUUUAUAUUUAUAGUGAGUUUGAAUUUAAUAAUAUUAAUAAUAACAAUCUUAAAUUUGGGUUAAAAGGCUAACUCUACCCAAACGAUAGUUCUUAUUUAGCCAUAUAUCUAUCGUGUAUAUGAUUGAAAGUGUACUUGGAUUAAAAAGAAAUGUUAACGACAUUU